AAAUUUGAAAAAAAAUUGAGAAAAAAAAUGUGAUUUUUUUUCUAUUGCUAAACCUAUUUUUUUUUGUAAUUAGAAAAUUCAAAAAAAAAAAAAAAAAAAAGUAAUAAGGCAUCAAUUUAAAUUGAAGACACACGUAUUUUUGUAAAUACACAAAUUUUUGUGAAAUGAUUUGUCAAUUUUGUUUUUUGAAAUUGUAAUAAUCAAUUAAUUUAUUUCUUUAAUUAUAUGAAAAAAAAAAUGAAAAAAAAAAUUAUUGAAUUUUUAUUGAAUGUAAUUAUUGAUUGAAAUAUUCUUAUUUUUAUUAUUAUUUUUAGUAUUUUUAUUAUUAUUAAUAUUAUUAUUACUUUGAUUAUUAUUAAUAUUAUAAUUAAAUUAAAUUUAUUUAUAUAAAAUAGGGAAAGCACAGUAAAAAAAAACUAUGUAGAAUCCGAAAUGUGCCAUGUCUGAUAAAUAAAAACUGUUAUAUUUCAGAGUUUCGCCAGUAACUCCCAGAAAAAUGACACAUUUCGGACGUUUUACUGUAAUUAAUGCGGUUGAUUUCCAUUUUUCCCCACUCGCCAUUUCUCAUACUUCUCGUCAUCUACCGCACCCUGCCCUAGUGAAAAUUUAGUGACUUUGUUAAAAUUAAAAGUAACUAUAAAGUUACUAAAUUUUCACUAGAGCAGGGUGCAGUAGAUGACGAGAAUUAUGACAAAUAAAGGCCUAAGCAGAAUAGCUUCGCAAAAGACGUUCGCGAACGUGAAACAUGAGUUAGAAAAGGACAGAGGUAUAUAUGUAUCCUUUUCUAUCUCAUGCAUCUCGUUCGCGAACGACUUUCGCGAAGCUAUUGUGCGUUGGCCUUAAGCGAGUGAGGAAAAUGGAAAUCAACCUUUUUACAUAUGUGAACUUCCCAGCUCUGGUUUCAAGUGACUUAAGGUUCGUCCACAAGAAAAUUCAUUGUUAAAAUGAUGCGCACGCAUGGUUUAUCAACAGUGCAUUUUGUUCAUGUCAAAGAAAAAAAAAUUGUAGAAGCAGCUUUACAGAAAGUAAUUAUGUCACGUUAAAGUAAAAAAAAAUAUUAUUAGAUAUUGGAAAAAAAAAGGUUUUUUUGAAAAACUGAAAAGACAAAAAUACAUAUUUGCUCUACAGAAAUUUUUUUUAAAGAUUUCUCAAUGGUCUCCCAUGUAGGAAUAAAGAAUGCUAUAUAACGAGCUCUAAAUAAACCCGAACCAAAAAAAUUAUAGGUUAUGUUUAUGAUAGCUCAAAGUAAAGAAUCAACUCUCAAUUAUAAAUCUAAAAUAAUAAAUGAAAAUUGAUUUUUCACAUAUACUAACAAAAUAUAAAACUAUCAUAAACAUAACCUACAAUUUUUUGUACAUCUCUUUCUUAAGACCGCGUCACACAUAUAGCGUUAUUGCUUAUUUUUUAGUAAUUUAUUUGUGGUAAAUUCAUUAGUUAAUUAAAUAAUUAUUUUGUCAUUUUUAACAAUAAAUAAUAAUCUAUAUAAUCAUUGGGAAAUUAUACUUUAGAUAAAUGCGCUUACCGCAGAGAGUUGAAUAUAUUCGAUAGAAAGAAAAAAAAAAUUCUAUAACCAGUGUUACCUCAGUAACGCUUAAUAAUUGAGUAGCCAUAAAGAAAAAGCAUAUAUUUCAUCGUUAGCAAAAGUAUAUCCGAAAAAAAAUUCGCUUAUUUUUUUCAAAUAAACGUUGUUUUCAAACAUUUCUUCGAUCCUAUAUUAUAGAAAUAAUAUAUUUUAUAGUCAUAAUAAUAUGUUACAGCCAGGUGCAUAAUCGAUUAAUACCGGCUGAGGCUAUCACAGUUAGCGAUUAAUAAUUUAGUACCUCAAUAGAGCGUAUAUACCUUCUCAGCCUAAUGUAGCCCUCCCCCAAAAAAAAAUUGAACGGCAAAAAAAUCUCAACAGAAAAUAAUUCCCGAGGUCUUGAAAUAAAUUUACUUUUUUCUCUAGAAAAACAACUUUUUAAUUCUGAAAAAAAAACUUUCUUAUAUAUCUCAUAUUCUUAUUUAAGUGAAAUAAAUUUUCACCUAUGAUAAAUAAUAUAAAAAAAUAUAAUAAUGUACAAUCGUGAUUUUUUGAAAUAUUUCCGAAUUAAUAAAUUUUUUCUUCAAUUUUGUGGCGUUAUGCCAUUUUUAACAUGGGGAUUUUUUGUCAAUGGUAUUUUUAUGUUAAUGUCCAUUUGUACUUGUUUAUUUUUAACACUUCCCGGUUUCUAUAUAAUGAUAUCACGUCUAAAAAUUAUGGCUACAACAAAAAUUUUAAAUAUUUUUUGUGAUCUUAUUGAAAUUUUAGUCGUUGCUUUUCAAGUGAUGUUACUAUUACCAAAAAGAAGAAAACUUGUUAAUUUAGUAAAUCUUUGCAAUGAUUUAUGGGAAAAUAUAAAAAAUAAAGAAGAAGCUGAAAUAGUCACGGGUUAUGCAUCAAUAGCAUUAUAUUUAACUUAUGGUUUUUCGAUAAAUGUAUUUUUUGCCUUAUUAGCAUUAUUAAUUCAACCAUUAUUAUCAGAAUUUAUUUAUAAUUCAAAUGGAACAAUGAUUAUUAGUAAAGAAUUGCCAUAUUCAAGUGGAAUAUUUCAUGAAAAUGUUCAAUAUUUCAAUAUUUGGUAUGCACUUCAAAUUCCAGCUGGAUUAUGGAGUAUUAUUCCAAUUAUUGGAAUUGAUACUGCCAUUGCAUUUUUUGUAUUUCAUGCUUGUGCACAUUUUAAAUUAUUACAAUUUCAAAUAUCAAAAUUAAAUCCAAUAAACAGUGAUUUAAAAAAUAACAACAACAACAAUAAUUUGAAUAAUAAUACUUUUGUGGAAAUUGUCAGAAUUAUAAAGCAACAUCAACGUGUUUUGAAUUACUCAGCAGCAGUGGAAGAUGUUUUCAGUCCAGUUGUACUAAUGCAAGCUAUUUUGAGUAUAACUGCUAUUUGUGGAUUUGGUUUUAAUUUUUUGAUGGUUAAUGGAGGACAAAAUACUGCAACCUAUGCCGUUCAUUUGAUUGGUGGAAUUUUUCAACUUUUAAUUUUCUGUUGGCCACCAAAUAAUCUACUUUUCGAAAGUAUGAGUAUUGGAUUCAGUGCUUAUAAUUCUCCAUGGUAUGGUUGGACAAAAAAAGAAAGACAACUUAUUGAAAUCAUUACGUUUCGAUCUCAAAAAUUUGCUUAUUUAUCAGCAGGAAAGUUUGCUUAUAUGUCGUUACAGGCUUUUACUUCAAUUUUGUCGUCAGCCUUUUCGUUCUUCACUCUUUUACGACGCGUCGUGUAAAUAUAUAUGAUUCAAAAUUAUUUUAAAUUUAAAAUACCUUGUAAUGCUAAUUGUGAAAAAAAAAAUUGUAAUAUAUU